GUAGUAACUCAAACUCCAUUGCACGAAUAACGAUGGCUAACGAAAAUAUUUCAGACUUUUACGCUGCUUUCUGCGCAGAACAUGAGAUAAAAAUAAACCCACACAUUUUACAAGUGUUAGAGACGACGACGGAAACGGAGAACACCAUCUUAAAACUGACCGGUAACAACCGCCUAAGACGUGUUCAGCGACUUGAUGACAAAGAUGUUCUUGCUCUCUCAAAAUGUCUCAGAAACAACAAGAGUGUGGCAGGUCUUGAUGUCAGUUACAAUAACAUAUCAGAUGAAGGGGUUGGACACCUAGCUGACCUCUUACAGGAGGAGAGCUCAGCUCUGCACUCUCUGAACUUGAUGUUCAAUAACAUCCAGACAGACGGCGCUGAAGUUCUUGCCAAGAGCCUUCAGUGUAACAGCACCUUGGUGUCCCUCAGCCUGUCAGGUAACAAGAUCGAGAACAGAGGAGCCAUGCAUCUGGCCAGCAUGCUGCAGGUGAACACCAGCCUGAGGGAGCUGGAGCUGGCCAACUGUGACCUGGCCACUCAGAGUGUGAUAGCAUUUGCUAUCAUGUUGAAAAGCAACAAAACUCUUUGCUCUGUUGAUAUCAGCCGGCCACUGCUCUUCAGCCACCAGGAGUGGGCAAUGCACUUCUCUGAGAUGCUGGCAGUGAACAGCAGCCUGGUGGAGCUCCACCUGGGGAAGAUGGGGAUGACGGACACCGGGAUGGAGAGACUGACUGAAGGCCUGCGGCUCAACCACGGCCUGCGCUACUUGGACUUGCACUGUAACCGAGUGACUCGUGAUGGCGUGCAUCAUCUGGCCAAGCUGCUGAAGCAGAACCUGACCCUGGAGGUCAUAGAUCUGUCAUCCAAUCGGAUUGAAGAUGAAGGUGCUGUGUACCUGAGUGAGGCCCUUACCUGGCCAGGCUGCGUCCUGAAAGAGCUGUCUGUCAGCAGUAACAACAUCAGGACGGAGGGUCUGCUCUCUCUGGCUCAUGCUUUGACAGUUAAUACAUCUCUGAACCACAUUUACAUCUGGGGGAACCACCUGGAGGAGUCGGUCUGUCAGGCCUUCAGAGAUCUGAUCGCCAGCGGCCGUCUUCCUCCAGAGCAGACGGAUGUUAGCGCCUACGAGGUGGAUGGUCAGGUGUUUCUCGCUGAGGUCUUCCACUGUUUGAGGAGACACUAUUGCAGCACAAACAGCUCCGCUACAGACACAUCCCCCAACUCCGACACUGCAACAGACCUGCUGACACACCACACUGCCAGCCCUGACUUUACCUCUGCACCACACACUGAGAGUCAGCAGCUUGUUCCCCUACAGUCCUGUUAGGGCUCUCGUUAAUCUCAAAACCUCCUCACACCCACCAGAAUCCCAACAGACUUAAAGAGACCUGACUAUAAUGCACACACAUCAAAUAAACAAACAACACAAUGUAUAUGUGCCAGAAGAAAGAUCUUGUGAACUCUCAAACUUGUGGUGAUAAAAUAAGUCUUCUGAACAAUCAAUUGUUGCCUGUGAGAUUUUUUUAAUCAAAGGUGCCUCCAAAAUGUAAAUCCUUAUAUCUUAUUUACAUUUAAGUGUAUAGUGCAUAGAUUUAAGGGUGUAUAAUGUAAAGUGCAAAGAUUUAAGCUUGUAAAAUAAACCUAUGCAUGCAUGCUAGACAGUCAAGUAUUCCAUAAGAGCAUCCAAGUUCAUCACAGAUUUUAUCAAACUGGGCAACAAAGAAACUGCAAUUAAAAACCAAUGAAAGGAGCCCAGAGAAGAAUGCGGAGGCCAAGUGCUCUAUGUGACCACCCCCAUGUUUGGUUAACACGCAGCAAUCUGCUGAAGUUGGAACUCGGAAAAAAAGUAAGACCUUCACAUGGAAAGGCGCAAUGGAAUGGUCAUGCUAUCUAUCUAUCGAACUAUCUAGUGAGUUCCCCGACAUAGACACACCUGAUGUCACAGUAACAUGGCGUUAUUACAUCUGAUGUACUUUUUGGGGAGUGAAAUGUGCUGUAAUAACAUUGUAGCUACCAUUUCCAUUUACUUGAUUUGCGCUUGAUAUAAGUCUUUUCACACAUGCGUAUCUCCAUCUCUGUCCACACAAAAUGAAUGCACACAACAAUGUGAUGUUGGCUGUGGUGGUUCACUCUGUUCAGCUCAGCACCCAUUCACACGAAUCUAAGCUGUAGUUCGAUAUUUUAGCGAGCAAAGACGAGCAAGAAAAAUGACUCAUUUUAUACAGUCUUUCUCUUCACUAAUGUCGCUGUGGUAAUUGAUCUAAGCCUCUGUAGAUGUUUGUGAAGCUCAGAGACAUGACAUACGAACAUCAGUUUGCUGCAGGCAUCCAUGUUUUCCCCAGCAGAUGCACUGGGACACAUCUAGGUCAGUGGUCAGGAAUACUGAGUCGGCGACUUCUGACUUGCAAUAGAUUGCAGCAUAAGUUCAGGGAAAUCAGUAACGGAAAUAAAAUGUUCCUCAGCAGAUACAGUUUGCCUUGUUCUCCAAUAAAAUUGUGGACACAGUGAACACAGUUCAUUUCACUGGUUGUGAGUUUGACUAUUUUAGAAUUAUUAUGAAUACCAUAUCUUGCAUAUAGAUAUUACAAACAUGUUUAAAUAUUUAUGUUAAUUUCAGCCACAUUGACUGACCCUAAGUCCUAAUUCUUAAACCAAAUUUUAGUUAAUAGUUAAAUUUAUGCUUACAAAAUUAUCUGGGCAACAUGAAUAUGAAUUAGGUCAUAAUCAAUCUGCAGUUAAAUGUUAAGUGUGUAAGAUUUUGGGGAAUUUAGAGGCAUCUAGCCAAAAAGACUGCAGAAUGCAACCAGCUGAAACUUCUUCCCAUUAGAACUCCUUCAAUGUUCUUUGUUCAGGAGGUUUUAACCAGGAGCUGAAGUAUCUGCAGAGGUCUGUAACGCUCUCGUCACGACAGGGCUUCUAACUACAUUGACUGAUGCAAAAACGUGAAUAUCCCUAUCUAGAGCCAGUGUUUGGUAUGUCCGCUGUGGGCUACUGUAGAGCCAUGGCUGUAAACAUGGCGAUCCACAAGGACCCACUCCCUAUGUGGAUAUAAAUGGCUCAUUCUAAGGUAAAGAAAAUUUAAUGAUUAUUUUUGAGUUAUUAUACACUAAAUAAAACAUACUUAUUAUAUUUUUUCCAUUUCUGCCAAUAUAUCCCCCUAAAUCCUACACACUGGACCUUUAAAAGUAAAAGGCUAAAUGAGCUUUCCAAGAUAUUUUUGUCCAAUUUUAAAAGUUUUCAAGCUCUAGAAAAUAUCAAAAAUAUUUUACGGAUUUUUACAAUUUUCAAGACCUGAGGAGAUCCUUAUCAAAUGUACAGACUAUUAUCCAGGGCACAGUCAUGU